GCUGUCUCUUUAAGACGAUGCGUUCUAUCGUCUCGCUGUAGUUCUGCUGUCAUGGCGGAGGGGAAGCGCUGUUGCUCAGUUCCCUCGGUAUCCUCAGAGGUGCCCUCCCUGGGUACGGCUCUGUCCCACACGCGCCUCAACCAGCUCGAGCACUCGGAUGUGUGUCUCCAGUCCCAGGUGUCGGCGCACCGCGGAGGCGCGGCCCCGAGCUGCCGGCGGAGGAGGCUGUCGAGCAGCGCCAGCGUGGAGUCGUUGACGGAGCUGAGUCCGAGCGCCGAGGCGCGCGUUCUGGUCAUCAACACCGGCGGCACCAUCGGCAUGAUGUACCACAACAACGUGCUCUGCCCGGAGCCCAACGCCUUGGUCAAGGCCCUGCGCAAGCUCCCCAUUCUCCAUGAUGAACUCUAUGCCCAGCAGACCAGGCUUUACGACUACUAUGGUCCCCAGGAGAACACCCUGGUGCUUCCGCUCUCGAGGCAAAAGAAGAGGAUAGUGUACACUGUGCUCGAGUACUCGCCGCUGCUGGACUCCUGCAAUAUGACCACAGAUGACUGGGCAUCUAUUGCAAAGGACUUGGAGAAACACUAUGAGAAAUACGAUGGUUUUGUGAUCCUGCACGGCACGGACACUAUGGCCUACACAGCGUCAGCACUUUCCUUCAUGUGCGAGAACCUUGGCAAGCCGGUCAUCCUCACUGGCUCACAGGUGCCCAUCUAUGAGAUGAGGAACGAUGGGCGAGACAACCUCCUGGGAGCGCUGUUGAUCGCCGGACAGUUUGUAAUCCCUGAGGUUUGUCUGUACUUCCACCACAAGCUGUACAGGGGCAACCGUGUGACCAAGGUGGAUUCUGGGAGUUUCAAUGCCUUCACCUCCCCCAACCUCCCUCCCCUGGCAAAUGCUGAAGUGGACAUCAAAAUCAACUGGGACACGGUGUGGCGGGCCAACACUACAGCCAAAUUCCUCGUCCACACUCACAUGAACCGCAACGUGGGGCUCCUGCGUCUGUUCCCGGGAAUUACGGCCGACACUGUGCGAGCCUUCCUGCAGCCCCCCAUGGAGGGCAUUGUCCUGGAGACUUAUGGCAGUGGCAAUGCCCCCAACAACCGCAUCGACCUUCUAGAAGAGUUCCACAAGGCCACUGGGAGGGGUGUGAUCAUAGUGAACUGCACCCAGUGCCUGCGGGGAAGUGUGACCACCAGCUAUGCCACGGGAAAGGCCCUGAUUGAUGUGGGACUGGUUCCAGGCUGUGACAUGACGCCGGAGGCAGCCCUGUCCAAGCUGUCCUACAUUCUGGCCAAGCAGGAUCUCAGUAUGCAGGAGAAGAGGAAGAUGAUGAGUCGGAACCUGCGGGGGGAAAUGAUUGCCAACCUGGAGGGAGCCCAACUGUCCCUGCGUGACAGCCGCUUCAUCCAGGUCAUAGCCAAGUCAUUGAGCAUCAGCUGCAAGGAGGAGCUGGAGGCCAUCCGUGAUGCCUUGACACCCACCUUGGCCUGUGCUGCUUCUAAAAUUGGGGACGUAGAAGCCCUGGAAGCCAUCCGGGAAAUGGGCAGUAACCUGAGCAUGGAGGACUACGAUGGGCGCACCCCGCUGCAUAUAGCCUCCUGCGAGGGCCACCUCAAGGUGGUGCAGUACCUACUGAGCCACGGUGCCACCGUCUACGCCAAAGACCGCUACGGCGACACGCCUCUGCGCAAUGCUGUCCGCUUCAGGCACAAGGAAGUGGUGAAGCUGCUGAGGAAGACGGGGGCCCAUUUCUCUCAGGAUGAACUAGAGGAGGCGGGAUCAGAGCUCUGCAGAUUGGCAGCUUGCAAGGACUUGGAGGGGCUUGAAAUAUGGCAGCUUGCUGGAGCAGACCUCGAGUUCCCUGGGUAUGAUGGACAGACCCCUCUGGAGGUGGCCAAUACAGUGGGUAAUGAAGAGAUAGUGAAGUUCUUGAAGUAUACCCACAAGUACGGCACUGUGUUACCACCUGAUGAAAACGAUGAGAAUGGAGAAUUUAUUGAGUUCACAGCAUGCCCGGGAGAAAACUGAAGGCAAGAUCGACAGGGAUCCAUCUUAUUUCUUAGUCUCUCCAUCCAUCCUUUCAUGUUGCCUUUAGGUUACUGUUGUUAUAAACCCAGAAACAUCUGGGCUACCCAUGUAAACGCAAUAUCUUAUUCAUCAGUGUUAUGUUAUGUUACAUGAACAGGCCAUUAGGCUCCCUUCAUAUUAAAUGUGUUUUAAGUAGCUGUAUUUUAAGUAUAAUGCCCAUGUGAACUUCCACUGGAAUGUGUAUUGUUGUUGUUGUUGUUGUUGUUGUUGUUGUUGUGCUUUCUGUAACGGGAUCUAUACGUGAAUCGUAAAGCAUCUGACAAAUCAGAAAGAUCGAUAAACUGAAGCUUUUUUUUUUUUGUAGAUUUUUAUGUUUAGCUGCUGCAUUUUUUUUUUUUUUAAAAUGUCCUUAAUUGAAUUUAAAAAAUGUAGUUGAAGUGGGAGGGGCCAGAUGGUCUCGCCAUCCGUGCAUCGCAUUUUCUCAAAGUCUUCCUUUGUGCCGUUGUCAGACAGAACUCUGAUUCCAUAGGUUAGAUUUGCUGCUGCUGCUCACUGGGGGUGGAAUCAGUGCGUCGUGGACAUGUGCACAUUCCUCCCAGACCUGCUACACUUGUUCUGAUUGGGUGUGUCUGGGGGCUUGGUACACAAUGCUUUUCUGUAUUCUGUUCUUUUCUUUCUCUGUACUAGCAGUGGUCAGUGUUGUUUGCCCUCUGGUAGCUGUAAACUGUUGUCUAUGCACCUUUGUAGUUACACCUCAACAGUAUUUCAACAUACACUAACAGGAAAGCAAUUGAAUUAACAGAUGUAGACAGUGCUAGAGUGUAUCUGGUUUUUGAUGGUUAGAGACAUAUGAUGUUUAGUUCACAUCAACAUAUCUCAUGUAUGCUUUAGCUUCUCUUAGAACGCACUGUCAGAUUCUGUGAAGGUUCUAGUAACUUUGAGUCUCGACCAGACCGUGUGUGCAUCGAAUCAGGAAUGCUACACCUAAUUCACCUUCUUCUCAUCACAGGUCUUGGGAGUGGGUGGUAUUGCACAAAUUGCUGUACAGUUUCAGGCACAAGAAAAAAAUGUUAUUUUUGCAUAGUCAACCAAGUCCUGGCAGCAGGACCGAAUGUUCAGUUUUUUUUUUUUGUGUAGAUUCAUGUGGAGUUUGGAAGUCCCUGCUGACUACACACAUGUAAACAAGCACAAGUGCAAUAAUAAAUGCAAUUGUCCUUUA